GGAAGAAGAAGCAAAUUUUGCCAAUUAUCUGCCUUUCAUUGAAAAAUAAUAGUUGUGCAUAUAUUUCUGCCGGUUAAUCUUGAUAUACAUUACUUUACUGCCAAUAUAUAUUAAAAGAUUGUGAAAAAAUGUUACAUCGCAGUAGUUUGUUGUCAGGUGCUUUAAGAUCGCUUGGUACUUCUGUAUCGAUACGGUUGAACUCCACGGCAGUAAAGCCAAAAACGGCAAUACUUAUGCUAAAUAUGGGUGGUCCUCAACAUACGGAUCAAGUACAUGAGUACCUUCUAAGAAUUAUGACGGAUCGGGAUAUGAUUCAAUUGCCAGUGCAAAGUCGAUUAGGCCCUUGGAUCGCUCAAAGACGAACGGCGGAGGUACAAAAAAAGUAUAAAGAAAUCGGUGGUGGGUCACCGAUUCUCAAAUGGACAGAUCUACAGGGUGAAUUAAUGUGUAAAGAAUUGGAUCAGAAAUGCCCUGAAAGUGCUCCACAUAAACAUUAUGUCGGUUUUCGAUAUGUUAAUCCACUCACUGAGGACACUCUGAAGCAAAUAGAAAACGAUGGUCCCGAGAGAGUUGUGUUAUUUUCCCAAUAUCCACAAUAUAGCUGCGCAACUUCCGGUUCAAGCUUUAAUUCGAUUUUCUCGCAUUAUCGCCAACAUUCCCUACCAAAGAACAUAAAAUUUAGUAUAAUCGAUCGCUGGUCGACUCAUCCACUGCUGAUUAAAACUUUCGCUGAACGUAUACGGGAAGAGUUGAAUAAAUUUAGUGAGGCAAAACGUAAAGACGUCGUUAUACUAUUCACCGCACAUUCCCUGCCAUUGAAAGCGGUUAACCGAGGUGACGCCUAUCCCUCAGAGGUUGGCGCGAGUGUGCACUUAGUAAUGAAAGAAUUAGGAAAUACAAACCCCUAUACUUUGGCUUGGCAAUCGAAAGUUGGACCUUUGCCAUGGCUUGCUCCAGCUACCGAUGACACUAUAAAGGCAUAUGUAAAGCAGGGACGUAAAAAUUUCGUUCUGGUGCCUAUUGCAUUUGUAAACGAGCACAUUGAAACAUUGCAUGAACUAGAUAUCGAGUAUUGCGAUGAAUUGGCUAAUGAGGUAGGUGUAGAGGAAAUAAGACGAGCUGCCGCACCCAAUGAUCACCCGCUUUUCAUUGAGGCAUUAAGUUCAAUUGUGGCGGAGCAUUUAAAAGAUGGCCAAGCCGUAAACCCAAAGUUUUUGAUGCGUUGUCCAAUGUGUGUUAAUCCACGUUGUAGGGACAGCAAAGACUGGUAUAGUAAAGUCUGUGCUCAAUAAUAAAAUAAAUCUGAUUGGAAUCAAAGUGCCUAUCCGUUCCGUAAGAAGUGUCACAAAUAUUGGUGCAAAGGAUUAUAUGUAAACUGUCGUUAUUUUAAAUCCUUUUAAUUAUUGUUGGUUUAUGAAAUUUAAUUAAAUGAAGUUAUCGUACAGAUUAGAA